AUGAGUGAUAAAGUACAAGCUAGAGAAAGAUUCAUUGGUGAAUUCGAUGGAUUAGUCGAAGAUUUAAAGACUAUCUUAAAUGAUUACAAAAUGCCACAAGAAGCCAUUGAUUGGUAUGUCAGACAAUUGUACUACAACACACCAGGUGGUAAAUUAAAUAGAGGGUUAUCAGUUAUUGAUACUUAUUGUAUCCUUACCAAUCAAAAGGUUGAAGAUUUGGAUAAAGAAACUUACAAGGAAGUAGCCAUUUUAGGUUGGUGUAUUGAAUUAUUACAAGGUUUCUUCUUAGUUAGUGAUGAUAUUAUGGAUCAAUCAAAAACUAGAAGAGGUCAACCAUGUUGGUAUUUAGUUGAAGGUAUUGGUAACAUUGCUAUCAAUGAUAGUUUCAUGUUAGAAGGUGCCAUCUACGUUUUAUUGAAGAAAUACUUCAAAUCAGAAAAAUAUUACGUUGAUUUAUUAGAAUUAUUCCAUGAUGUCACUUUCCAAACUGAAUUAGGUCAAUUAUUAGAUUUAACUACUGCUGAUGAAGAAGUUGUCGAUUUAGCUAAAUUUUCUUUAGACAAACAUUCAUUCAUUGUUAUCUUCAAAACUGCUUAUUAUUCAUUUUAUUUACCUGUCGCUUUAGCCAUGUUCGUUGCAGGUAUCACUGAUAGUAAAGAUUUGAAACAAGCUGAAGAUAUCUUAAUCCCAUUAGGUGAAUAUUUCCAAAUCCAAGAUGAUUACUUAGAUUGUUUUGGUACCCCAGAACAAAUUGGUAAAAUCGGUACUGAUAUCAAAGAUAAUAAAUGUUCAUGGAUUGUUAACCAAGCUUUGAAAUUAGCCACCCCUGAACAAAGAAAAGUUUUAGAUGAAAACUACGGUAGAAAAGAUGAUGAAAAGGAAGCCGUUUGUAAGAAAUUAUUCAAUGACAUGGGUAUCGAAAAGAUUUAUCAAGACUACGAAGAAGAAAUUGUUUCUAAAUUGAGAACUGAUAUCAGUAAAGUUGAUGAAUCAAGAGGUUUAAAGGGUGAAGUUUUCACUGUCUUCUUGAACAAAAUCUACAAACGUUCUAAAUAG